UCCAAUAUGGCUGCCAAUCCAGGAUUUAGUUGCUGGAAGAAUUUUAUAAUAAAGCGAUAUUUUAAUGGACCCUUUCAUUUGUAAUCGUUAUGAUGAAAUUCAAGCAGCGUGUUAUUAUCAUUUCCCUUUUCAUACUUAUUGUAUUUCUCUACCUGUGGGUAAAAAUAAAGCCAAGAAGCAACCGUGAAAAUCCAGUUGUGCAAGUAUCAAAUGAGGAGAACUUGUUACGAGCUCUAUUACUUGAUGGAGCGUAUGAUUUUAAUAAUUUAGACCAUAAACAUACAGGAACAUCCAUACAUAAGAGAACUACCGAACCUGAAGCUAAAUCUGAUAUAAACACGGAGAAAAUUUCAGCAACUGGCGUUACAAUUGCAGCCACCAGUAAUUUAAAAACAAAGGCUUUAAAAAAUGUGGUAUUACACAAAACAGCUUGGAAAUUAUGGCAGGAAAUGGUGAAAGUAAAUGAAGUCACACAGCAUGGAGAAGAAGGGACAUUGAAAGUAAAUAGAAUUGUAAAGGCCUUACAGACUGCACCUAUUAUUCAGACAAGUGUUGGCUAUAAAGGAACUCAGCUGAAAACUAGUAUGUUUUUAAAAGGCAACCAGAGAACUGUUUUUAAGCCAAAAAGAUAUGAAAGAGACUAUAUUAUUGAAGGUGUACCCUACAGUGGUUUUGAUCGACAUAAUGGAGAAAUUGCAGCUUUCCAUCUUGAUAGGAUACUUGGCUUUUACCGAGCACCAAUUGUCACUGGUCGAAUAGUCAAUUUAAAGACUGAGGUCAUGCCAAAUAUUCAAGCUGAAUUAGCGAGAACUUUCUUUAAGGAAGGAAACAAUACAUGCUUUUAUGGAAUAUGUUAUUACUGCAAAAAGCGUGAGGCAGCUUGUGCCAAUGGUGAUGUGAUGGAAGGGUCAGUUACAAUAUGGCUGCCUGAAGGAUGGAGUUUACGGAACUGGAGACAUCCAUGGCAGAGAACUUAUAGGGAAGACAGAAAGGCAAGAUGGGAAAUUGAUCAAAGUUACUGUACUAGAACUGUGAUGAGAACACCGCCAUAUAACAGGGGUCCAAGACUAAUGUUUAUCAUAGAUACUGCAAUUUUUGACUUCUUCAUUGGAAAUGCUGACAGACAUCAUUAUGAGACUUUAGUGAAAGGAGGUGAUGAUGCAAUGGUCUUGCAUUUAGACAAUGGAAAGAGUUUUGGGAACCCAGACUGGGAUGAGUUAUCAAUUUUGGCACCUCUUUAUCAAUGUUGCAGAAUUCUUCGUUCAACUUGGGAAAGGAUAAAAUCUCUCAGCAACCAAAAUAACAAAAAACUCAGUGAAGUCCUGAAAGAAUCCUUAAGCUCGGAACCUCUUUCCCCAGUACUUUCACAGAAACAUUUAGACGCGAUCGAUAGAAGAUUAAAAAUGAUCGUAAAAUAUGUGGAAGCAUGUAUUAAAAUUCACGGCGAGAGUGUUGUCGUCGUAGCUGAUCACAAUUAAGUAUUCGUGGUGUUGUUCAUCACCGUCACUCACCCCCCUGAAGUUUCGACAUCUCUGGCCUAUUUUGCUUUGCAUCGCAG